AUGCCUCCACAACACCCACCUCAACGUAAUGAGAUAGUUGAAUGGUACAAGUCUAUUCCUCCUAUAACAAAAGCAAUAUUUACACUCUCUAUUGUCACUACAACAGUCGCUACUUUUGGACUUGUUUCACCUUCAUCACUCAUUCUUUAUUGGCCAAAUGUUAGGAAUAAACUACAAUUGUGGAGACUUGUAUCAUGUUUCUUUUUCAAUAAACUUAGUUUAGGAUUCGCAUUUAAUUUGUAUUUCUUAUACCGUAAUUCAAUACAAUUAGAAAACGAAGUUUUUCAAGGACAGCCAGCAGAUUAUGUCUUUUUCCAUCUUGUUACUUCAGGUCUACAGCUAGUUGUAUCAAGUAUUUUUGGUAUUUAUGUAUUAAGUGAUGGACUUUUACUUUCCAUUGCUUAUCUUUGGGCACAACAUAAUCGUGAGACACCUGUCUCAUUUAUGUUUGGUAUACGAUUUAAAGUAAUUUUCCAAUAUAGCGAACUAUAA